AUGGACCCUGCCGCUACGCAUGAGGAGGCACUACCUGGUCGUCCGACCGGCGAACAGCAUACAGCCGCCGAGGAUCUCGUGGCGAGCUUUUCCGCCAGAAAUCAGCAUGGAUGGAGGAGAGUGGUGCUGAACUUCACGCCCUCCUGGUUUGCGGCGACGAUGGGGACAGGGAUUGCCUCGAUUCUUUUACACACCCUACCCUACAACGGCGACUGGUUGUACUGGCUCUCGGUCAUUGUCUUCUGCCUCAACAUCGGCCUAUUCUGCACCUUCCUCUCCAUCUCCAUCCUGCGGUAUACGAUGUUUCCCGGCCUCUUUAUGGCCAUGAUUCGACACCCCGUGCAGUCACUGUUCUGCGGGACCUUCCCCAUGGGCCUGGCCACCAUCGUCAACAUGGUUGUCUUUGUGUGCAUCGCGCACUGGGGCCCUGGGGCCAUUACCCUGGCGUGGACGCUCUGGUGGAUCGACGUGGCCCUCGCGGUCACCACGUGCAUGUGGCUGCCCUUUAUCAUCAUGCACAUCCACCGCCGGUCCGAACUCUCCCAGAUGACCGCCGCGUGGCUGCUGCCCGUCGUGACGACCAUCGUGGCCGCCGCCUCGGGCGGCAUCGUAGCCGAAGUGCUCCCCAAUCGCCAGCACCAGCUCUGGACGAUCGUCACGUCCUAUGUGCUCUGGGGCACGGGGUUUCCACUUGCCAUGGUCGUGCUGGUCAUGUACUUCCACCGUCUGACCAUCCACCGCCUCCCCGCCAGGGAAGUCAUUGUCUCGGUCUUCCUCCCACUGGGGCCCCUCGGCCAAGGCAGCUUCGCGCUCAUGCAGCUGGGCAAGGUGUGCGCGGAGGUGCUUCCCUUUGACCACCCCGACGGCGGCCGGAUCAUCUACAGCGUCUCCCUCGUCGCGGCGCUCGUCAUAUGGGGAUAUGGUCUCGUGUGGCUGUUCUUUGCCGUCGCGAGCAUCACGCGAAGUAAGUUCCCGUUCAAUAUGGGCUGGUGGGGCUUCACGUUCCCGCUCGGCGUGUAUGCCGUGGCGACGUGUACUUUGGCCAAGGAGAUCCCUAGCGAGUUCUUCAGGGUGCUGGGCACGAUCUUCUCCGUGGCCGUGAUUUUACUGUGGAUGGUCGUCGGCGCGGGGACGCUGAGGGGCGCUCUCUCGGGGGAACUCUUGUAUGCGCCUUGCGUGGAGCAGUAUGAGGAAUGGUUGGGGAGGCGGGAGAAGGACAGAGUCACUGAUCGUCCAACACCGCUACGGCAUUGGAGGAAGGAGGAGGAGGACGUGGAGGCCGAGGCUAAGAAGCAGGAGGUCUGA